GACGUCAUCACUUUGCGACUCUGGCAACCACGCAAGCGGGGAAUUUGAAAGGAAAUAUUUAUUUUUUAAUUGACGAAAGUAGGGGAAAUCCGACGCCCUGUUAAUAUUCACAAAUAUUGGUUACUGGUAGAAAUUGCGUUAGAGUACAGUUUUAUUGUUAGACACUCAAUACUGUUCAGUUAGUGACACAGCACCUGUUUUGUUGUGAACGUUAGCUAGUGGCUACUUUGCUAGUCGGGGAAUACAUUUGCGAACUGACCAAAAAGUGUUUGCUAAUGUGUAAUUUGGUAAUUUUAUCAAUGUGUUAGUUAUCAAUGGGUUUCCACAAAUGUGUGGUUUUCACUGCAGCAUUGUUUUACCGAUUGGCGUAUAGUUAGCCGACGAGCUAACGUGAGCUAUCUUGGUGGCAGCCACCCCACAGACCGUUAACUUCAAAGCAGCUUGUUGGGAUUAGCUGUCCAUGAUGGAUAAUUCCCCGUCUGCUUCGACUGGUCUUCUUCGUUCGUCGUUCCUGGAGAGGACAAUGGAGCGGUUAUCUUCCAGGCAAUGUCUGAAACUACCCCAACAGGACGAGGCGGCGGAAAGUGUAGCUGUCAUUGCAGUUCAGCGCUACUUGUGCCAGCAAAGUGAAGGACAGCCGUGUGAGAAGUACAGCUACGACGUGACCAUCACCGACGGAGUGUGGCGGGCCAAAUGCUUUCUACACCCGAGUUUAAAUCAUUUGAUGCACAUUAACACCCUCAGAACAGGGUCGGACAUCAUCAUCACGGAGUGCUCGUUUGUGUACGACGAGAGGAGAGUGGGACAUGGCUACAUUAGAAUUGACAAGUUGAGGUGUGGCUCAGGGAGGUCUGCCCUCUUGUCCAACAUGGCUAAUGUUCGGGAUGUAAGCACUCUGCCCAUGCUGAUCAAACACAGCAUGGAGCAGAGCACCUUGCUCCAAAGCGACACGCCUCUCCAGGUGAAUCGCAAACAUUACCUAUCUCUGUGGAACGAUGAUGAUCCAGUGGGGGACAUAUGGACCUUGGUGCCCACCUUGCGUGCCCCGGUGUUAGAUGUGUCCAAGAUCUCUCUUCUUCAUAGCCUGGAGUCAUCUUUCAGAGGCUCAAAUAAGGCCCUCCCUCUCCUUGUGAGGAUAAUGCAGAAAUCCCGAUUGAGGUAUUAUGGCAAGAUGGAGACCAAGACAGAUUUCCCCUACCAGGCAUACUUUGAAGUCGCUGACCAGAGUGGCACCAUGUCUCUCGUGCUGUGGAAUGAUCUCUGUCCACAGUUUUACCUUGCACUCAAGGUUGGAACAGUGAUGUACCUCCAAAAUUACUCUCUUAAGCAGAGUUAUUCCAACCGCUCACACCCACAAAUGGACCAUUAUGGAAUGAAGAAAUUUACUGCAGUUGAAAUCUGCCUGAACCCUCACAAUCCAGCUUCAGUCAUCACCAUCGUGCCACCUAAGGAAGUUCAGCCUCAGUGGUCGUUGCCUGAUUUGUCCUAUCGCUUCACCACAAGAUCAGAGAUUGAGAAGUUGGCCAACAACGCAGCAUGUGAUGUCAUCGGUUUGGUUACUUUUGUAGGUCGUGUUCAAAGAAUAAAGAGUAAAGGCAACAAUGAAAAGUACUGGACGUUCCGCUGGGUUCAUGCCGUGGACGGAACAUCGGAACAGCCUUUUGUCCUGGAGAUUUUUUCCUCUUCUCAACCUGACAUCUUUGUAAACAUAAGUCCAAUGACCUACCUGGUGUGUACUCAGAUGCGAGUGUGUCAGGUAGAGGGCUCGUCACUUUACCUCACCAGUAGCUGUGAGACAGAGAUGUUCAUUACUGGCUAUCACAAACAUCAACCAUACGUGAAAGACCCCACUGUGAAGAAAUUCAUUCAGUGGACCAAGACUCAAAAGGACAACGUGAUUCUCCAGAUGGCGUCUGUUGGUGGCCAUUACUCUUACCCACAUGCCCCACCCACAUUCACCCAGCCUGUGGAGGAGACAUCAGAGCAAGUUACUCUUGUGGCUGUGUCUGACUUGAAGAAAGAGUUAGAAACCCUGCAGUAUCGAGAACAUAAAAUACUUGCCAUUCAAGGUCAAAUCACAGCUAUAAGAUAUGUGGAAAAAUCAAGCAUGAUAGAGGCACAAGGCCCCGGAUGGAACAAGAUGCCAGACGUGUCCACAGCUGAACAAGCACAUUUGGAUGUGCAAGAAACUGCUGUCGAAACCUCAGUGAAACAAACGACUGGAAAAGAAAGAAAACGGACAAUACAGACAAGUAAUGCAAAGCAGAGUUCUGCAAACUGUGUGCGUGCAAAAAGAGCGCUCCGACAAGAAAAUACACAAGUAGACCAGCCAGAGGAAGAUGAGGGAGAGUCAAACUCAGGGGAACAGAGUACACACCCUGAAAUUGAAGGCUGCGAUGCAUUAUCCUGGGAGAGCAGCGGGUGGUCAAGGCAACGCCAAGAAUUGUCUGAACAUUUGCAUCACGGUGCUCUUCAUCAGGACAGUAUCUCUCGGAGGUUCACCUUGGACAAGAAGAAUGCUCUUUUGGGUUGGAGCAAUGUUCACCCCAUGCGGUGGACACCAGAGCAAUCCGCGGAUGCUGUCCCACCUGCCGUUUGUCCUGGAUACUACCAAGUAACCAUACUAGGCAUAAACAGGACGAUGGCUGUGGACGCAGCCUUUUUACCCAUCGUGUGUUCCACUGAGCAAAGAGCCGUAGGUCUUAUUCAUGAUCGCCAUGACAACACCAUGAUGUCUUGUCUCUCUUCUGGAUUCCUCUGCCCCCUCAGCCACAGGAAGGCAACACAUCCUAGACCAGAGGAGAUUUUGACAACGGCUAGUGAACUGGAGGACACACACUUGGUGUGUGUCUUGGACAUUUGUCACCUUGGUGGAGAGGAGAUAGAGGUACUGAUUAGCAAAGUCUACAAAGUGACAGAGGUUUCUGUUUUGUAGCAGUUUACCAAUAUACAUCAUACAUUAUCAUAAUCAUACAAGUCUUCUCUAAUGCUAGAAACAGACAAAUUCAGGUUUCUGGAUUGCUUUUAUAAAAUCUGUUAAAAAGAAAAUAUUUAGUGCUAUGUUUAAUAUCAAUCAAACUGAGCCCUGUGUCUCACACGCACAGAGAGCUCACAAAGCACACUAAUAAAAUGAUUCAGGGCUGUCUUUGACUAAGGAUUUUCAUAGUCUAAUCUGAUGCGUUAGAUUUUGUUCAUAGUCAACUAAUAGUCAAAUAUAUUUUUUCAAGCGCACCACUUAUAGUUAUCCCUACAUAUAAACAAAUCUCAUUCGCGACUUUUUCCUCGUCAAAGAAAAAGGAUCCAUUUUGUCGGAUAAACAACUUAACAUGUAACAACAAUAUUUUUUAUUUAUUUAGUGACACAGUAAGCAGUUCACGUAGAUGCACAGUCCUUUGCCUCUUGUCUUGCCUGUUUCAUGUGUUGUUCUAUCAGCCCGUUGUGUGUGGCGGUUGGCUAGCGGCUAGCUCAAUAAUUUGGUCCCCCACUGUUCACUAGUCAUGUCUCUGUGAAAAUUAUGACGCUGGAGUCACUGUGGGUGAUUUGGAAUCAUAACCUGUUCAUUUUAUUCACUAAAGCAGUGGUUUUCAAACUGCAGGGUGCGCCCCCUAGGCCUAAAUAGGCUUUUUUACUCAAACAUUUAGAAUUUAAUAAAUAAAUGUUAUUUUGAGCUGACAGAAAUAACAAUCAAAAACAGUGUUUGUGUCAGUGUUAGAAGUCUAACUCGUCACAUUUUGUAUUUCGUUCGUGGGCGAGUUUAAGAGCUGUUAUGCUACUACAGAAAAAAGUAAUACAAAAAUAUGCUUGCUGACUUGUUUUAUAUAAUGGCCCAUAGUUCCGCAAUUGAUAUACGUUUACAUACAAUUUGAUGUAAUUAUUGUUGUAGUUGCACAUCGAAUUGUUUACCACAAAGAAAUUUCCCCUACUUAUUAUAAAGACUUAUUUCAAUCUUCGAUUAAAUGUGAUUCAUUCUGAGUUAACUACAGACAAAGUGUGAUUAAUCACAAUCAAAUAUUUUAAUCGAUUGGCAGCCCUAUUAUUAUUAACCCUAUUUUAUUCACUUUUGACAUUACAAUUUCAAAAGGUUGUAGCUUGAAAAUGCUAAUAGAUAAAUGCAUGCUGUAAAUGAGAAAAUUCAUCAUUGUGACCCAAAGUUUGUGAUAAGAGUAAAUACACUCAUCUAAUUUGCAUUGUCACGUCACCAGACUCGGAAAUGGUCAGAGCCCUGUCUCCACGAUACCACUGUUUUUGUUUUUUCUUGGUGGCUUGGUAAAGUCGCCAGUGUAAUUUUUCAACUGUAAAAUCUGAGCUGAAAAUGAAUCUCCAAAAGGGGGGCUAUGCAAAAAAAAAAAAGUUUGGGAACCACUGCACUAAAGAGACAUUAUCAGAAAAAUGCACAGUUGUGUCAUUACGCAAGCGUUGCUACCAUCUUCAUGUCAAAAAAUUCCAACUAUCCCUGUAAUUCAGAAAAAACGGCCACUGGGUGGCAGAAGUGCCAUUUGAUAUAAUCUCAGGCAAUCAUUUAAAUAGAACUAGAGUAUCACAUGAGAGGAAGAAGGAAGUGGAUUAGCAUGGAGGUGUGUAGCCUGCAGAAUGACAUUUUAAGGCAUGCACACACUAGUUCAAUUCCAAAUGUGAAAAUUGUAAAUAGUUCAUGCUGUUAUAUUUGGAAAUAAAUGAUUUUAAUGUUUAAAAAAAGCAUGUUUAUGUUGGUAGAGGUGUUUUGAGUUAUUUUGGUCAGUUCCAUCUUUGUAUUGCCAUAGAACCCAAUAUUCUGUGUGCUGUGAAAGAUCAGUCGUAAUCGGCUAAAAUACUGAAGAGGAAAAAAGUAAAUUGAUAAUGAAAACUGUGAUCAACAAACUUUUUUUCGCUCACAUUUUUCUGCUCACAAUCACAUUACAUACUAUAUGUUUAA